AUGGGAACUGAGAAUUGUCUAUCGAACAAAAGCCAUGGUCUCCGUACUCUGCUGUUCUGUUAUCGGCUCGUUUUGUCUCGCAUCCCUUGUGUGUCCACGAUAUCCCUGAUGUUUGGCAAAGGCAGAAGCUGUAAUAUUGCCUCCGUUGCGGAGCGGGGACCUGCAGAGAUUAAUAUUGCCGUUUUGGGAGUCACUGGAUCCGGAAAGUCAGCACUGAUCGUCAAGUUCCUCACCAGGCGCUUCAUCACGGAGUAUGAUCCGAACUUGGAGGACACCUAUACCUCGGAGGAGAUGGUGGACCAGCAGCCGGUCCUCAUUAAGGUCAUGGACACUGCUGACCAGGACGGGCCCGUGAACUGCGAGCGCUACCUGGGCUGGGCGAACGCCUACCUGGUGGUGUACAGCAUCGGCGACCGCAGCAGCUUCCAGGGCUGCCAGUCGUACCUGGAGACCCUGAGCCAGAACGCCAAGGGAGGACACCAGGAGGCUCCGGUGCUACUGCUGGGCAACAAGCUGGAUAUGGACAGAUACAGGCAGGUGAGUAAGUGUGAGGGCGCUUCGCUGGCCGCGCGUUUUGGCUGCCUCUUCUUCGAGGUGUCUGCCUGUCUGGACUUCCUCUCUGUGCAGCACAUCUUCCACGCGAGGCCCGGAGCCCCACUUCCUGUCCAGGGUCUCUUCAUCAGCGAGGACCGCCCCCUCCUCGGCCUUUCCUCCCAGACACAGGUAGCCCCACCCUGCUUUAAGGAAAUGCCCACCCCUGCCACGGCCAAGCUGGUAACGGUGAAGUCCUCCAGGGCCCAGAGCAAACGGCGAGCCCCCACGCUCACCCUGCUCAAGGGCUUCAAGAUCUUCUGACUGACUCUAUACUGACCCCUAGUGGAGACAGAGGUGCCACGCUCACCCUGCUCAAGGGCUUCAAGAUCUUCUGACUGACUCUAUACUGACCCCUAGUGGAGACACAGAGCUGCCACGCUCACCCUGCUCAAGGGCUUCAAGAUCUUCUGACUGACUCUAUACUGACCACUAGUGGAGACACAGAGCUGCCACGCUCACCCUGCUCAAGGGCUUCAAGAUCUUCUGACUGACUAUACUGACCCCUAGUGGACACACAGAGCUGCCACUCUCAUUCUGUUCAAGGGGUUCAAGCUCUACGAGAAGGGUCUGGUCGCAUCUAGCACAGUGGAUCUACACACAUGCGCUGAUCUUCUUGCUUAGCUAAUAGCUGAAACUAGUUUAGUUAGUUUAGUAGCUGGUGUGUGUUGUGUUGUAUUUUAUACAGUCUGUGGUCAGUCAGUUUCAGUCAGUUGUGUCCUGAAUUUAUUUAAAUAAAAAAGAAAAACAAUUCAGAGGGGAUUAUAGCUGCGAUUACGACCACAUUUGACAAUGGUGGGACAAAUAUCUGUUGGUCCCUGACUUUUCCUGAAACUGUAAUUGUCAGACUCCAAUGAUUUGAAAAGUUUCAACUCCUGUGCUGUAUAGGCGGACAAAGGUUGCCCAUCGGAUAAAAAGUUUAAGAACCACUGGUCCAGAUAAUGUAAACACAGAUCAUCAGAUCUGUCUGAGCGAUCCUUUUGUGGUAGGCUAGGUUAUGUGCUAUAGUUUGCCAUGAACUGAGGAGUUGUUAACUCUGACUAUCCUUCGCUUUCACAUGAUAUAUGAACAUAUACUGUAAGAAUUUGUUUUUAAAGGCUGACAAGUCAUUGAAUCCAAACAAUUAAAGCUAAAAAACAAAGUCUGCACAUGCCUGGGUAACCAGUUUGUAACGCUGUCGAGCGAUUCGUUAAACCAAGUAUUUUCAUCCUUUCUCUAAAGGACAAUUAAAAGUUAGUGUAAGCUAUUAGCUAAGUAGAACAUCAGCGCGAGCGUAAGUUAAAUAGAAGAACAUCCGCGCAUGCGUGAGUUAGCUGGUAGAUCCGCUGUGGUAGAUCGGUGGUGGGAGAACGGUUGCUGUAUGUCUGCGGCUCUGCAGCCAAAUACUAGUGGGAUCUUCUGACUGACUGAUUGACUAAACACUGCCCCAUGUUGGAUAAACAGAGCAAACCCUGGGGCCCCCACACUGACCCUGCUCAAGGGCUUCAAGAUCUUCUGACUGACUCUAUACUGACCCCUAGUGGACACACAGACCCACUACAUUCUCCCUGCUCAAGGACUUCAAGAUCAAACACCGGGCCCCCACCCUCACAUUGCUCAAGAGCUUCAUGAUCUUCUGACUGACUGACGGACGAAAUGCCUGCAUACUGACUGCGUACCCCUGGUGAUCAAAUAGAGUGAAGGCUAAUCCCCCACACACCCUGCUCAAGGACUUCAGGGUCUUCUGAUUUACUGUGUUCUGACUGACUGCACACUGCCCCCAGGUGGACACACUGAGACGGUGCAUCUAGAGGAGUUUUCAGGGGAGAUGUCUGCUGUCUGCUGUUUGUGUGAACCAGGGCCUGCAUGUUCUGUCAGCACAGUACUGAAUGAACUCACUAAAUGAAUGAGACAGAGAGAGAGAGAGAGAGAGAGAGAGAGAGAGAGAGAGAGAGAGAGAGAGAGAGAGAGAGAGAGAGAUUUGGACAGAAAUUUCAGUGGCGCGCCAGUAUGGACAGAAUCAACAGUUGCUCUUGAGGACUUCUUCCAGUGGGACAAAAUGGACACUAUUCUCCAGGGAAAUAACAUUCACCACAGCAUAUGGAAAAGAAAUACGAUGUUUCGCACAAAUAGCCACUACCUAACCCCUCCAAAGGGAUCCUGCUGCAAUGCACUAGUUUCCCACCAGAACUUUGGAAUGACAGGGCCCUCUAGAGGGUAACAUUUACAACUACAGUUACCUAUUGUGCACAUGCACAUUAGUAAUGUGUGAUUCAGAUGAUCACAUUCAAUUGAAAUACACCCACUACAUGUCACCUCAACAUAGUCCAUACCAUUUCAUGUCAAUUCUUUGUUUAUUUGUUUUGUUGACUAUCUGUCACAAAAGAGUCCAAGACUAGAAAUCACAGAUGGUUUUACACACCAUUUAGUCUUGUUUGUUUUAUUUUCUUUAUUAAAAGGGGUUGUAGCAGGGAUGCUACAGAGUCUGAGUGUAGAAGACAAUAACAGUAAUAAAGUCAUGUAUACAGUGCUGUUCUAGGAUAAGCACAAAGUGCUUUACAAUGGGGACAAAGAAAGAUUAAAGGCUGAUGAAGGAGGACCAGUAAAGACAAUAAGAGAUGACGACUGUAAAAUAUACUGGUGUAAUCAAUGAGUCUAGAGUGAGUCUUAAGACAUCAUACAUUUAUUAGACCCUGUACAGGAGUCCCUACCCAUCAGGAAUAAAUGAUUUUAAAUA